AUGUUGUUGGGAAACCAAUUGUCGGGAAAGUGGAUUGUCGUACCUGACUUUUUACAUACCGUAAUAAUUGUAGCUGGAGAUAUUGAAGUUUUUGAAGAAAAAAAUCAAAAUCAAUUAGAAGAAGCAAUAAACCGUAUGAAAAACUCAUCAGAAAACUUAUUAAAGAUUUUAGAACUUCAAGAAAUCAAAGAAUAUCUUCAAGAAAUUGAUCAACUUAAAAAUUUGAAUGAAAAAGUUUUGAAAACUAAUAAUUCUAAUGUGAUCAAUUUGAAACUUGACAUGUUUAGUUUAGUUAAUUUAAAAACCGAAAUGCUUUCAUUUAUUGAAAAAUUGAAUAAUAUUGACUUAGAAAGCAUUUUUUCAAACAAAAUUAGUUUAUCAAUUAGUGAAAUUGAUAAAUAUUUACCUAGAUGGAAGAAUUAUUGUAUCAAGAUUGCUAAUUAUUUUGAAAAUCUUAGUAAUCUUAAUAACAACAUGAAAGAUAAUUUAUUCUUUUUCGAGAUUCAAGAAAAAUUAUUAACUAAAAUAGAAAAAGUUAAAACAGAAUUACAUGAUCAGUUUCAAGAAGUUGAAAAAUAUAAAUCAAAGAAAAAUAUAUUUAAACCUUAUCAAAAGGAAAUAGAUGAAAAAAAUGAAAAGAUAUAUUCAAAAUUUCUUCUUACCAUUGGGUUAAAAUUAGUGUAUGAUUUAAUUGCUGAAUUAGGAUAUGUAGCAAAAAGAUUAAAGCUUUUGGAUCAAUACUCUAUUCAAAAUAUAUCAGAUUUUUGGAAAAAACUUAUUUAUGAGUUAGAAUUAACUGAAGGUGCAGUAGAAGUUUUCAAAGAAAGUGAACAAUACAUUAAAGAAUGUUGUCUUGAUUACAUUGUAAAAAAUUUGAUAAACAUAGGUUGCUUAGUUAAUAAUUUCUGCAAACAAAUUAUAGUUGAAAGAAUUGUAGAAAUUUGA